GCGCGCAACGCCCGCGUCGCCGCGUCGUUUCCAUCCAGCAUCCUCACGAUGAACAAGUUCGUCCUCGCCAUCGCGGCGCUCCUCGCGUUCGCCGUGAACUCCGCUUCCGCGGCGACGAAAUACUCCGCGCUCACCAAGCUCUCGACCGUCACCCUCGACGUCGGUGGCGCGGGGACCGGAUCGACGGACUGCGGCGCCACGCAGCUCGCGGGCGCGCACUCGGACACCAUCACCGUCGCCUGGACCGGCUUCACGUCCAACUCCGAGGCGAGCCUCACGAUCAAGAUGUGCUACACCGACGACAUGAUCGUGAACCGGCCGUGGAGGAAGUACGUCGACGCCGUCGACAAGAACAAGCAGUGCUGGCAGAUCCCCGAGAUGACGAAAACGCUGCACUCCGGCAUCGCGACCGCGGACGGCAGCAAGACCAUCACGAUCCCGACCAACACCCCCGCGAGCACGUACUACUUCCAGGUCAUCGGCGUCGACGCCAGCGGGGGCUACGUGUCCUACGGCGAGUCCAGCACGAACUCGUGCAAGCUGACGACGAAGUCCUACGACAACACCCCGGCCACGCUCGUCGGGACGCACGCCACGCUCACGGUGAUCUCCAUCAUCGCGCUCGGCGUGACGUACGCCGUCGAUCUGAGGAAGCAGCAGGCGACGUACGCGCCGUACGUGUCCAAGUGAACGCGCGUUCGCGACGAAUCGAGAGGGAGGGAACUCUCUUCUUAAGGCGGCUUGUACAUCAAUCAUCACGGCGCGUGUUGUUCGCUCCCGGUCGUCGGCGAACGCACGUUGACGCGCGAACGAACGCGUUCAAGCGGCGGAGGCUCGCGCGCGGUGGGUCGUCUGUCUUUGGCGCGAUAUUUAUUGAUAUUGUAGUAUCCAAUGCAUUCAUUCAUUUUCAUUUC